GCUUUUCUCGCGUUGAGGGUGGACAAGCUCUCGUCGAUUUUACCAUUUUCGCUGUCUCGAUGAGGCAGUAGCAGUCAAAACGACAAAGCAGAGAAGUGAAAAGAAAAAAUUCUUUAUCCAUUUUCAUUUGCUGUGUGUAAAAUUAUCGGUACGCUGUGGUAAUCAUUGCAAAAUUCGGAAAACUGAAACGAUACGCUAAACGGGAGUGAAACAAAAGGACGAAGUUCCUACGGAAUAUCAGUUCGUGUUCACCAGUUGCGGAGCGGCGCAGCGGAAGUCGCGUUUUUCAAAAGUGCUGGCCGAAAAUUUCCGCACUGAUUUGUGUGGUGCUGUGGAUAGCGAGAAUUUUCCCAUUUUAGGAAGCAUCGCAGUGGAAAAAGGUCGAAUUUUCGAGGAAAAGAAAAAUUGCUCCCCGUUGUGUGCUCCGAGGCUGCUGGAUAUUCGCCUCAAUACAGCUGCCGUGUAUGAUGUGUUGAAAUGAAGCAUAGUUUUUUGUAUGAUGGUGAUGUUGGUCGGGACGGAAAUGGCUGCAAGAAGUUGUCUUUGUUUUGAUAAUCUUAUUUGAGUGGAGGCAGUCUAUGCUACUACGAUCGGACUGCAAAAUAGCCGGAACCAGAAAGCAAGGCUGGUUAGAUGAAAUAACCAGGUUGUUUCCAUGUCUUAUGAACGACUGAAAAUCGUUGGAAAAUUAGUCGUGCAGCAGUGAACGGAGAGAGGAUAUGGAUCAAAGUAUGCGGAGGCAAAAACGACGGCUACAAAAAUAAAUACAGUGAAAAUAAUUUUCUUAUGAGAAAAAGGAUUUCUGCUGUGGGGCUAUAAUUGAUGUUGAUGGCGAAACACGCCAAGGCUGGCCAUGUACUGAAUAACAUAAUUAGAAUAGCGAGAUGUUUGCAUUCACACCUUCAGGCUGCUAAACAGGAAAAAAGUAAUUGACACAUGCCUGAUUUGACUGACUCGAACCGGUGGUGUUAAACCCUAGCAAGGAAGAGUACUAUCAUUCGCAACCCGCGCCCAACAAAUGCAUGCAGGCGUUCGCUACAAUCAAGCGACGAUCAAACGGGCCGGGAAGCGAUCGUCUUUAGCACGUUCAAACAAAGCGAAAACACAUCUGACAAGGAUAAUGCUACUUAAGUGAACAUCCGUACGAGAGGAUCCUAUGUGAUAUCUAGCUUGUAAGGAACGCGAAUAAAUAUAUCUGAAUGGGAACGGCGUAGACGAAUUCGGGAGCGCUCAAUCACAACCACGAAACAAACGAACAACUCGCUAUGACUAGUAUAACGUUUAAAACGACAACGACGACCGGAGGGGAUGCAAAUGGUUGUAUCGCGGCAGCGGCAUCGUCUUCCUCAUCAGCGGUGGCUGCAGUAUCGCUCAUGUCGGAUAAAUCAAUCACGAUGACCCCAUCGCAGUUAGCCUCGGCUACGACGGCAGCUGCAGUGGCCGCCUCGAAUCUGCUCUCAACGGCAGCAGUCAACAAUCCGUCGAGUGCCCUGUUUGCAGCAGCUGCUGCUGCGGCAGCUCAACACCAGCAGCAGAACAACAACUACCAGAGCAAUAGCAGUAGUAGUAGCCUAUAUAAUAACGAUAGCAAUAGCAAUAACAAAGUGCAGACUAGUGACAAACUCAGCAGUAGUAGCAGCAGCGGUGUUGGGAGUGGUGCCAGUGUUACGGGGGAAGAAUACGAAAGGGCCAAGUACAAGACUCCCCAGGAGGUGAUGAUGCUGUACAUGGAUAAACUGACCCAAUACGAACAUCACGAGAUUUAUCAGUACCCGAAAAUCUACUUUAUCGGAGCAAACGCAAAAAAGCGACGAGGGAUCAGUAAUUCCGAGUACGACAACGAGCAGGGUUCAUACAUACACAUCGCUCAUGACCAUAUCGCGUAUAGGUAUGAGGUGUUGAAAAUUAUCGGCAAAGGAAGCUUUGGUCAGGUGGUAAAAGCAUACGAUCAUAAAAAUCAUCAGCAUGUAGCACUAAAAAUGGUACGGAACGAGAAGCGGUUCCAUCGACAAGCGCAAGAAGAGAUCCGCAUUCUGAAGCAUCUUCGGUCGCAGGAUAGGAUGAACUCCAUGAACAUAAUUCACAUGUACGAUUAUUUCGUUUUUCGUAACCACAUGUGUAUUACGUUCGAACUGCUGUACAUCAACCUGUACGAACUUAUAAAGAAAAAUAAAUUCCAGGGCUUUAGCAUCCAGUUGGUUCGAAAAUUUGCUCAUUCCCUGCUAAAGUGUUUGGAUGCACUCUAUAAAAAUAAGAUUAUACAUUGUGAUAUGAAACCGGAGAACGUGCUGCUGAAGCAGCAAGGGCGUUCCGGUAUCAAAGUGAUCGAUUUCGGCUCGUCUUGUUUCGAGCAUCAACGGGUAUACACCUACAUCCAGUCGAGGUUCUACCGAGCGCCGGAAGUGAUUCUGGGUGCAAAAUAUGACAUGGCCAUCGACAUGUGGUCGUUAGGCUGUAUCCUAGCAGAACUAUCCACCGGAUUCGCACUUCUUCCCGGGGAGGACGAAGCGGAUCAGUUAGCAUGUAUUAUAGAACUGAUCGGUAUGCCGCCGAAAAAAAUGCUCGAAAAUUCGAAACGGGCGAAAAAUUUUAUUUCGGCUAAAGGUUAUCCACGGUAUUGUAAUGUGAAGACAUUGGAUGAUGGCACCACCAUGCUAACGGGUGGUUUUUCCCGACGGGGAAAACUGAGAGGACCACCCGGAUCUCGUAAUUUGGUGAAAGCACUGAACAAUUGUGAGGAUCCUCUGUUUCUCAAUUUUAUAGAGCGCUGCUUACGGUGGGAUCCUGCGUUACGAAUGACACCAGAAACGGCGUUGAAUCACUUCUGGUUUCGAAGGUUGUUGCCGCCUUCGCCAAAUGUGGCAACUAUCACUACCACGAAUAGCCCUUCCACCUCUAGCAACUGUCAAAAUAGCCAUAUGAACAAGGUGCUGAAUAUCGCGUAUGCAUAUGCGGAUCAGCAAGCAUCUUCGCUGGUGACUACUUCCACUUGCAAUUCGCUGGUGGCUUCGCAUCAUGGAAACUCGAGCUCGCUGCAGUCGUUACAAUCCGCAUCGCUGACAUCAUCAGCGAUCAGCAUUCCAGCUGUUAGUGGGAGUGUGGGUGCCAUCGGUGGAAUCGGUAUCAUGGGCGCUGGGGGAACUCUUGGACGGUCGGCGGCCACCACGAUCAUCGAUAUUCCAUACAAUCCAAACGACAAGAAAAGACUUCUGAAUAGCUCCCCACAGGCGGUGUCUUCGCUAACCUCCAAUCCCGGACUGGCAUCCACUUCCUUUUCAGAAUAUGUGGUCGUCAUCGAGUGAGUGGAACAUCUCCAAUUUCUGUAUUUGGUUAGAUACGGUAGGUUUUUGUUUCGGCGAUCAGAGUACGCCAGUUAAAAACUGUUUUACCGUGGAACGUCAAACGCAGAUGAGAGCAUCAGUAAGCUAGAAGAAUCAAAAUGGCAAGCGAGAAACGAAAAAAAAAAAAACAAAAAUGUCAGAUUAAUGUUUCGUAUAAGUAGCAAAAAUUGGGUAAAAUGAAUGUUAGGUAGUAACUGAAAAUACAUUGUUGUAAUGUAGCUUAGGUUUAGUAGCAUCCCCAGAGUGGCAACGAGAUUAGAUGGCUUGAAUAGCGCUCGAGCGACAAAUUAAUAUAUCUAAUAAUAAUUAUGGCUAAGAAAGUAAGCAAAAAGGCGAAAACACUCAUUAACUGAUAGGACCUGUAGUAGCAGUUAUAAGUAAAUAAAUUUAUGCUAUGAGGAUAAAUUGUAAUUUAAUGUUCCCUAGUGGAUAGAUAAACAGUUAGCAAAAUGUGAGAAGUGAUGAGUGAAGAACUUUAGAAAUUUGCUGUUUGAAAAUGGUACAUUUAUGCAUGAUUGAAGACUAACAAAAUUAUUAAUUAAAAAACCAUCGGUACUAGUUGGAUUUUACUAUUGCGUCACUGGAUAAAAACAGACUUGUAUAAACUAUUCAGAAGUACGAAAUUUAUAUCAUUGUUGAAAAAAUGAUAAAAUUGUUUUGUAACGACAAAUACAAAUUAAAAGUGCGCGAAACUAAACAGCAACAAUGAUUGAGAAAAAGAAUGAUUGCGUUGUGUUGUGCGAAUGUGGUUGACCAUUGAUUAGACAAUUCCGCAUAAGGAAGCAAACAAAACUUAAGCUAGAUAAUGAGAAGCGUAAUCAAUUGCUAGUGGAACACAGUUUAGUAGCAAAAAAAAACAAAAACAAAAGUUGGUUUAUAUAAAACUGCAGUGUUAUUUUCAUACGGAAGGAAAACUUUGAAAAACUGUCAUGAACCAAAGUUGUUCAAAAAAAGAUAAGGCUGUUAAACGCGCGCAUAUCGACUGCACCAACUAAUCAAACAUAAGUACAGCUACCGCUUGUUUAAUAAACAGGAACAAAACAAUGAUCGAUUGUUUCUUACACAAUUAAUCAAGGUUGCACAUUUUUAGGAAAAUCAUUGUAAAAUCUAAAUUAUUUCAUUACUGCCACCGCUGUUACCUGCUUUUUUCGAACUUGAACACUACCUAUCACAAUGCAUUUGGCUCUCUAGUAAUGGCAUGUAGAAUCAUUUCAGUGAGUCAUCUCAAGAGGGUGUAAAUCGCGUCGUUUUGAUCUCAUACUUUCAUUCACAAACCGGUUCGAAAAGUACGCGCUAAUAUUGUUUGUCGAAACCGAGUUGCACCUAAUUUGGUGGGCCUAAACGCUGGAAAAGAUAAUCUUUGUUGUUGUUGGUGAAAUGCUCAUCUCGUGAGAAGUAUGAUUACGUUUGCCUCAAUGGCAUUGCAUUAGGUACCUACGAUAGCAAAAUGCAUUAGAUAUUAUGUAACGGAUACAAAGAACAUGUUGUGAGACUACAUUUUAGGGAAACUUGAUAACUUGGAUUAGAAACAGAGAAGCUUUUAACUGUAGAUGAGAGAGGAAAAACGGCUGAAGAAUAACGUUCCGAUGCAUCAUCGCAAAAAAGAAGGAUAAGCGGGCUGCUGCAAAUCGGAGAAACGUCACGGGAAUUAGGAAAGUAAAAAAACUUUUUCAAGAUUUUAUCUAACUAAUCUUAAGGUCAAACGGUACAUAAUCAUUUUAAUGAAUUCUUAUUUUUUCUUUGGUUCCAGCCAAAAAUUUUAAACCUUUCUGGUAGUGUGCUGGAAUUAACUGAUUCGAUACAGAAAGAUGUUUAAGGUUUAGAUGGAGUAUUCAAAAGGUGUCACCCGUUCAGCCUUUUUUAAUAUUCGUCGUCGUUUCGUAUCCACGAGUAGAGUAUUGCCAGAAUUAGACCCUAACCAAAAACCCGCUGCGAUGGGGGCCCAAGAUAUCCAAUUAGCUUACCUCCGUUAACGGUUUGAAAUUAUAAACCCUUGAACCAUUUAAGCCGUCCGCAAUAGGACACACACCACACGCUGUCGGUACUUUUUGGAGUAAUCGUGUAGUUUCGACAACGGCUGGCACUGUGGCGCUAGACAUCCCACAGAUCAUUCACAUUUCACCUCACUUAUGAACGAAUUCUGUUGCGGUUUUUACCGUUACAGAUAUGACCAGCACGCAUCGAACGAGUAACAGAUUUGGGGAAGAAGAGAAGAAAGUAGCCUCCCCACAUCAACACGAAGGGAUUGACCGGGGGCAAGAGGAUUGUCCCUACCCCCCGGAUAAACAGAUCUCGUAAUUCUACUCCUGGCUUUCCACCGGUAAAGGAACAUCAAGAGCCCCACACAACCACCAACGCACCGAGUAUCAACCACAUCAACACAGUCAACAACAAAGAUCACGAAUGGUCGUUCCAAUGGAUGUUUCGUACUGCGGUGGAACUCGUUCGGUCUCAGAGCGAACAUCAACGAGUUGAAGCUGCCUAUCUGCGAGCACGGAUCUUGUCAACCAAUACGUGGUAGAAUCAAGUUUUAUCAGAAGGAACUAUAUCCUGCUACUAAUAUUGAACUCCCAACAAAAUCGGCGCGUGUAACUGAACAUCAGUUUAUAGGUCGUAGCCGCACAUAUCUUGCUGUCAAUACAGGCAACAGCUGUGACUAUUUACGUCCCUCCUUCCAUUCAGCAAUGCCAGGCAACAUUCGACGACCUGCUCGAUUAACUAGAAGGCCCAGUAGUGUUCCUUGAAGACUUCCAUCAUAUCGUUUGGGGAUCUCUGUCAUAGGUUGCUUCAUCUUGGAAACGACGUUGACUAGAAAGCUCGUGAUUCUCAAUUAUUGUCCCAUAACUCGCACCGAUCUGGCUAUGGGUUUCAUUUUGGGGAAAACCUGACUCGAAAGUUUAUCUGGCGAACCAUUCUGGACACACAUAACAGUGAUCAUUUGUAGCUCAAAAGCCCCAUCUCUGGUUUAUCGAAUGUACAAAAACUUGACAAAAAUGGCACCAUGAUCGAGUAGACUGGCCUUUGUUGCGCAUCACGGUUGAGUCCAUCAUAUAGAUUGGUCGAUUGGGGUCAAAAGCUGUACAAUGGUGGUGCCUGAAGUGAAGCAAGCUGUUAAGCAACGUAGAACGCAUCUUCGCGCCCUUUGACGUAUUGAUAUAUCAAUUCUAGACAGACCAACAGCACUCAGGCGAUCCCAGGAAUCACGAGCAACAGCAUGAAAAGUUGUAAAUUAGCCAAACAACAUUCAUGGGGAGAUUUCGUGGCUAAGAUUUUGCCGAGUAGUACGACGACCGACUGUGGCAUACAGAGCGUGAUAACCGAAAGCGAAGCACUGUAGUAUGAAAGCGAACGGAUGACUUUACGGACAACCCUGAAAAAGUAGCAGAAGACCUAGCAAAACACUACAGUGAAAGAUCGGCGACUUCGAAAUACUCUCCAUCCUUUCAAGCAACGAAGGCACGAGCCGAACGGCAGCACGUAACAUACUCGCCCGAUAGCGAUGACGUGUACAACACUGACCUUAUCUUGCGUGAACUGGUGUGGGCUCUUGACAAAGGGCGAAGUGUCUCGACAGGACUUGACAUGGUAGGCUAUCCGCUUACUCCACAACUCCCGUUAUUCGUGAAAAUAACACUUCCCGAAAUCUUCAACGUCGUUUGGCGUAACGGUGCCUUUCUCGCUAGCUGACGAACCGCUGUAGUUACCCGAGCAAAGUCGAACAUCAAAAUUACAACAAGUAGAAAUCAUAUUUUGAUAAUAGCAUCAAAUUAAAAUCUUAUUUUGCUAUCAGUUUUAGAUUUUUUAAAUGAUAUCAAAUUUUGAUCCCCUUUUGCUUUCAAUUUACUCUCACUAAUAGCAGAAUUAGUUUUCUGUUUGAUGUCAUAGGACAAUUUUGUUGCUCUCCAUUUUGAUCUUUUAGCCGUUAAAACAACCAAAAAGAACGAGUAAUCUUUUGCCGAACAUCACAACAUCAAGUUUAGUGUUCAAUUUGUUGUCAGACUCUGCUCGGGUAUGCUUAUCCCAAAAACCCAAAUGAUUCUGGACCAGCUGCUUUCCGCUCUGUUUCGCUCACUAGGUGUAUAUUAAAGCUGUUGGAGCGUAUCGUAAACCGUCGACUCAUCACCGAGCUGGAGUCAAGUGGGUGAACCAAUAAACGGCAACAUGAUUUUCGAUCUGGACGAGAGAUUGAUAAAUACUUUGCAGAGCUUGAGAGUCUCAUAGAAUCGUUGGACUUCUCCAAGGCAUAGGAUACAACGUUGCGAUAUGGUAUACGUCGUACAUUAAAAUGUAAAGUGGCGAAUACGAACAGACAAAUUAUCAAUAUGCUGCAAAGCUUUUUUCUCCGAGUGUAGGUUUCAGCUGUCAGGAAUACAUAAACUGGAAAAUGGAGUACCACAAGACUCAGUUUUAACAGUGACACUGUUCCUCCUCGAGAUGCAACCGAUCUCCUUGUGGUGCGAGGUUGCAAAACAGAAGAUCGAAAACUACAGGCCGCGGUUCAGACUGUCGAAAAGUUUCUGCCACAAAGUCUAACUUCUUUUACUGUAUUCCUAACGUACGUCAAGAUCCAGUGCGUGAAAUCACCAUUGAUCGCGUAAUUGUCUCGAGAACAAACCGAUUGCGGAUGCUCGUUGUAACGUUGGACCUGACGUUGCAUUUUAAAGCGUAUUGCAAGAUGGUUAAGAAGUCCUGUGAUUCCAAACACCGUAAAUGAUAAGUGCCAAACUUCCGCUUGGUAAACGAUCGAUAUAGCUUCAAGUGGGAUCUGCGAUGAUCACUUCGAAAAUAAUGUACGGAAUUGGCCGAGUGAGUAGAGGAGUCCAAACAUCACUGCAGACACUCACUCCUGCUUACAAUAAAAUUGUACGUUUCACCUCUGGUGGAUUCGUUAUAAGUCCAAUCCUCUCGAUAAUGGUCGAAGCAGGCACUCUUUCAUUCGAACUACUAACGGUGCAGUCUAUUGCGCAGAUUGCUUAACGAGAUUUGGAGUAAGACCGUAGCAAUAGCGACCUCCCACUGAUUCGGCGAGCCUCGAAUCACGCAGAAAUUCACCGUAGCAACGCUACUCAUAAUUGGUACGCUUGGUCGAAGAAGGGGUCGAGAGUGCAACAAGCAAAACCGCCGAUUGUUUGGAACGUGAAGAAAGUUCGUCAAGAAAAAUGUCAAGAAAGGGCCGGAAAACAAUCCGGUACAGUUCGAGCAGUAGCCUAAACACUAUUGACAAACCGAUUUCAGCAAUCGACUGUAAUACACACCGACAGCCCGACUCCAUGAUAUUGUUAUAGCGAGAAUACGGAGUCUUCCGCAACACUGUAGCGUUUUCUCUGCGGAAGCGUAUGCCAGUAAGAUGGCUUUGUCAAUCCCGAACUGUUAGUACUGAAAAACUCUGCGAACUAUCGGUUGAUCUUGAAAGGUGACAAAUCGAUACAUCCGUGGAUUCAAGAUGGAGAAGCGCUAGCACAGAGUAAACCACUUCGAUUCGCCUGAAUCUCAAAGAAUAGCGGCAUUACCGGAAACGAACUGAGCGAUUUGGCAAGAACACACCCGGUCGCUGAUAUACCAAUCCCAACUGAAGAUGCUAGGAGAGCAAUAAAAUACGCGAUACAAAGUCAAUGCAAUGGUUCGGCUCCUGAGAGGUAAAGCUUUGUAAAAUAAAAUGCGAUGAACGGAGCGAAAUAGUGCAACCGAUCAACGCAUACUAUCCCGGCUACGAAUCUGCCACACAAGACUGACCCAUACGUUCCUCCUAAUGAGAGAAUCUCAGCCGAACUAGUCAAUGUUUUGUUGUGACAAUAGCUGUAGGUGCGUCAACUGAUAUUAUGUUGCAGGAAAUACACCAACAAGGUAUAACAAUAUGGUAUCAGUUCAAAUAAUCCGAGAGAUGUGCUGAACGGUGAGGAAAACAACGAAACCGAAAUUUGAACAUUGAAUUGAAAUGUAUAUUGUAUGGUUCCUCGACACGAUUGCACCACACAACGGACACAUAUAAAACGAUUGUGGCUCGGAAUUGAGUUGUACUUUCAUGAACUAAAUAGCAGAAUUACUCCGACAGCAUUCAGAUGAACUCGCGAACUGCUAGACCGGUCAACCUCAGUGAUUAUUUUUUUACCAUUAUCCAGUCAUCUGUGCAGUCGCAAUUACUAAAGCUGAAUGAAGACGUAAAACGACAACACUGCGUCUUAACUAGAACCUAGUACAGUAUUUGCUGGUGGAAGCGAAAAAUUUAUCUUCAAAUAUCACGCUUGUGGCAAACCAGGAGACAAACUAUGUACGGAGAAUGAGAAGCUUGUCAAACACGCUAAGCUGGGAAAACAAAUGGUGCAGUUGGCUUCAAUGAAGAUUUGACUUGUAUGAAAAAAGAAGGCGAACGUGGAAGCAACGGAUUCCGAUGGAUCCUGGAUAGCGGUGUAUCCGAGCAGACGGUGGAGAAGGAAAUAGAAGGGAAAUUGCCGUUCCUAAACCUGAUGAUUACUAGAAAAGCGAACAACAAACUAUAGUUUGAGAUUUACAGUAAACCGAGCGGGAUAAAAUAUACUAGGUUGCUGAAUUCAACGGGUAUGAAGAGAAAUUUGUGAACAAAAUACCAAGAAAACACGAAAGGAAAAAGGACAGAUAGAACGCGACAACGUUAGCGACGGAUACAACAAAGGAACCAAGCAUUUGCUUGCCGUUUUACCCUAAAAUCACUAACCAUCCCAAAACAUCAUGGUUACCAAGUCGCAUACAAACGCGGUAACACGCUGAAAGACUUCUUAUGUAACCUUAAGGACAAGUUUCCAACCGAUCAAAAAUCGGGGAUCUACCAAAUUCCCUGCAGAGAUUGCCACGCAGAAUACAUCGGUCAAACCCGCCGACAGUUCAAAGUUCGCACUCAAAACACAAACAUGCUAUUGACCAUGAAAAAGCCAACGACCCUAGUGUGGCGGCACACACUAUCACACAAUAGACUGGGACUGUGCGAAACUCGUUAAAAAUAUACGAAAAGUUGAAGGACAAUAAGUGUUGUGUCCUGUUUUGCAUCGCGUUUUUGUAAGUGUGAAUUGAGCACUGAAAACGCUUACGACAAAUUUGGCCAGCUAGGGAGUAUCGCUGACAAGUCACUAUUAUGGGGAACUAACGAUGUCUGCUGCAAUAGUUAGUAAUAAAAAGCUGAACUGUACUACAUAUAAUGUCCUGUAUGACCCCCAUUGAACAAUUUAUUUUCUAUCAAAAAAGUCGCAGAUCGAGGAAUGGAAGUGACAUUUGGUUAAAAUGGUGAACGUAUCCUAAAAGACUCAGAGAUAGUAUGUACUGCUAGUCGUACUAACGGUAUCAGCUAAACAAGGAAGUGGAUCAGUGUGACUCAGCGAUAGUUGCCGAAUCGGGGAAUAAAAUAAAUCUUAAGGAUUGUCGUUUUGUACAUAUCGGAAAUACUGAAUUCAUGAAGCUUAUUCGUGGCAAUGUGGUAAAAGGCAGCGAAGUCAGUGGAAUUAAAGCGCCAGAGGCAAAGAUUCGUGCAUGAUGGGAAAACAAACAUGAGCGCCAUUUGAAGAGUCUUUGCGGCCCCGUUUGUCACGUCCACUUCAGCUGAUUCAUACGAACGUGAGCAGUUAAUUCACGCCAUCUUGAGACGGCAGGUAAAUUAUCCUCAGUUUUAUUAAUUACAUGCACUUUACUGCUGGUGUAUAAUUCAACAUGGAGUUCGUUGGGUACUGCGAAGUAACUGGGAAAACUCUGGAACCAACCGUACCGUACAAGCCACAACAAGAUGUUGCAAAAAGGAUGAUUCGUACAGUUAUGGAGCGGUCGAGAGCGAUGCUGAAUGAAGCAGGAUUCAAUCGGUCGAUGUGCAGUAAAGCAGCAUUUAUUGCUGAUCAACCGAAGUUCUACGGAGUCUUUGGAGAAAACCAGUACACCAUUUGGAAUGUAGCUUUUAGCAGCAAGAAGUUCAGUCACAUUUCGAAGAGGAACUUGAUCUGAAAAAUCUAUUUUGCUACCUAGUUGUCUUCGGUUUGAAUGAGUAUCUGCUCAGGAAUCCUCCAGUUCACCGAAUGAUCGUCAUUUUUCAAGACGUUGUGGUGAAGGAAUUGCAACCCAAAGAUACAAAGAUACUGCAAAUAAUAUGUGGAUAGUAUACCUGAUUCUACUGAAGCUGGUGAAGAUCUAGAAUCAGAAAGACGCAACCGUAGGCCUCCCUCGCGUUUCGUUGAUCUCAACCUGUGUUUUUUCGCAUUAAAUACGUAGGAUUACCUGAAAGAUCUUUCGCAACAUAUUUAUGAAUUUUAAAAGCGCGAUGACUGGCCUCAGUGAAAACCUGCAAUUGAUGAAGGGAGAAAAUAACACCUGGUCUCUUGUUGACCUUCCUUCUGGUAGAAAAGCAAGACCUUGCAAGUGAGUAUUUCAAAUUAAAUUAACGGUGCUGUUGCCAACUAUACAAAGCACGCUUAGUAACGAAAGGAUGCUCUCAGCAUCAGAAUUUCAACUUCCAGGAAACUUAUGCAUCUGUUGCUCGUAUGGCUACUGUUAGAACGAUUUUUAUAUGCAUCAAAUGAAUGUGAACCUUUAUGAGACAGAUGUCUCUACGCCACUCCACGGACGUUCAAGUGUAUCUGAUUCUUUAUGUUGACGACAUCGUUUUAGCUUUUUCCCUGGAAGAAGUGACAAAACCAUAUGUAAUGUGGGAUAAGAAUUUGAAAUAGACAAACUGCAAAAACUUUGCAAUUCUCUAGGAUUGAAAUUCGAAUUCGGUACCUGCAGCGAACGCACGAGCGAACGAAGCACUCUCGUUUGUUUACCAAAUGAAGACAAAGAUCGGAAUAGCCUUUAGUCGGUUUUGCUGAUGCAGAUUGAGAGAUCGACGUGACCGAUCGAUGGUCAACAUCUGGAUAUGUUUUUCACUGUAUCGUUACCAUCUAUUGAAGUAGCAUAUUUUCCUUAAUCAAGCGUCCUGUGAAGCAAUCUGGCUGAACAAUAUACUUACGUAAUAUACCUUUCGUCAUCUUCAAAGACCAUGACAAGAAACCACGAGACCAGAAGCAAAUGAAACACUUGGUUAUUUGGUACAAUUUUAUUCGGGAAUGCAUUCAUAACUUGAUUCAGAACGAUUUUAUUGACUAAUCAGUACUACUAAAUCAACUUGCUGACGUGCUCACAAUAGGACUUGCUGUAAUCACAUUCAACGAGCAUAGAGCCGCACUUGCUUUGAGGUAUAGGUGAUGUAAUUGAUCAAGUGUUUGUAAUAAACCGGAACUUCGUAAUAUCUUGUGUUUCGCUACAAAUGAAUAGUAUUUAUUCAGACACUCUUGCUUAUACAGAUUCGAGUCUAUCGUUUUGUUGAUGAUGAACAUCUUGGUUUUAAGCUCCCAGCAGCAAAUAUCUUGUCAGAUCAUCAGUUUCCGAGCGAAUAUAUCGACAAAAACAAACAUCAAUUUUCUCCGUGCUGUUGUUAGAUCAAACUUUUGUUCGACACUUGUCUGAAGUCCAUUUUGACAUAAAACAACCAUUGGAAUGCAUCCUCCGUGCUUCAUCAGAACCCGGACGUACGACGUCCGGACGCGGAUUCUGGCAAGUAGAUUCUGCUCCAUCGCCCUAUUCGGUUGCUUGUAGUCGCGAAAUGAACGGUUCCUACAGCUACACCAAGGCAAAGUUUGCUAGCACCGCAAGACCAAGGCAAAGCUUGCUCCUAAGAACCAGUAUAAUAACACAAAUGGUGAAAUACUCAUAAAUUCAUCACCAAUGUGUUGAAUAAAGAACGUAGAUGCUGUUCUGACCAAGGGCCUCAAAUAUGUAGGGUGAUUAUAGAAAUAGUUAGGGAUUCCAGAAUUUUUGAUUUUUGUUAUGCUGCGCAUCCAUGCGCCACCUAUAUUUUUCUACAUGAAUUAAUCUCGCGCUUGACAGUAUUUAUAUGACACCGUGGGGAUUCCGCAUGAGUGUUUUUUGAGUCUCAGAGUGUAAAGCAGAGCUUCGACAAGGGUGUCUAUUUUAUUGGUUACCUUACCUAUCAGUUUAUGUACUUUUAAUCCCAGAAACUUCAUGAAAACAAAUAUUUGCUCUGUAGAGCUACAUUUGGAAGGAAACAAUCCUAUGCAUUAUCCGAUUUGCAGCAUCCCGUCUACUUCUGGUUACGCGUACCUCGUUGACUAAAUCCUAUCAGUAGCAAAAGUACUAUCGCCAUUGAGUCUAAGUGUCGUAUACUUCUGCAAGUUGCAUUCAAAAGAACUAUUUUUUCAACAAUCAGGGAAGAGGAAUGGUUCUGCAAAACGUAAACGUGCAGGAAUUAAUAAGACAACUAAUUAGAGAAGAGAACCAGUAAAACUAAGCGAAACAAACUGCCAAUAAAUAAGAGUUCUAGUGAAAAAUAAAAACAAAAUCACAUUUCUCAUAGAAUCAUAAACAUUGAACAGUCAUACUAAAUUGUGUAACCAUCACCAUUGUCAAAGAUUUCCUCUAAAAAUAAGUGUGUCGAACAGAAGAGAAGAAAUUCAAUGCGUAAUGUAGUAUAACCAAUGACACAUCUUUGCACAUCUAACAACCAACCACACACACAUAAAAUAGUUCCGCAUCAGCUCAACAUUAACUAUCGCCAUACACCCAGUAACAAGCCGUAAACAGACACACACAGUAGACUAUUUGUAGCUGUAUUACCAUUUGUAUACAAUCAACUUUUGAUAAAGUAUUGAAUAGAGCAAUUUCUCACUCAACGUGAGCCGAUUCCAAAAUUAUUCUUUCAUUUUUUCUACACCAGGCCGGGAUUUAAUACUAUCUAUAGACACAAUUAAGUAAACAAACUUUCUGAUAGUCCUACAAAGAUAGAUAUUUUUACUCUGAUAGUAGAAAACACA